UUUAUAGCUCCCUUAGCUUGUUCUACUCCACCUAUAUACCCAAGCAAUGCGACUGCAUGCCAAUAUGCCUCAUGUUAUUAUGUCUGCAUGCACUCUUCACAAUAUAUAUUAAUUCGUGAAACACAUGACUCUAGACUAAAGAUCUCAAGAUCUUGAAUAGUGUCCCAGAAGAAGAUUGCUUGUACUAUAAGUUGUUAUGCGGUACGUAUACCAGAAUAAAGAAGAGACAAUGGAGUGUAAAGGGCGAUAGCGACAUGGGUUGUUUUUGUAUGCGAAUAAGAAAGAACCACGUCGUGACUCGUGAGUGAGAGAGAGGGAAAGCUCAGCUAUAUAUAAUAGAAAUAUAAGAAGCAGUUAGUGGUUGUGAAGAAAGGAGGCAAUCGACCUUUGACAGUUAAGAGGGUAAACAAGAAGAGAGGAGAGACCGUUGUUAGAUACAUAUCGUUCAUCAAACAUGGGAAGAUCUCCUCUCUCAGCUGAUGAAACCGGUCUCAAGAAAGGUCCAUGGUUGCCUGAAGAAGAUGGUAAACUCAUCAGUUAUAUCCAUAAACAUGGCCAUAGCAGCUGGAGUGCCCUUCCCAAACUCGCUGGUCUUAACAGGUGUGGGAAGAGUUGUAGGCUACGAUGGACAAACUAUUUGAGACCCGACAUUAAGCGAGGCAAAUUCUCACAAGAGGAAGAAGAGACCAUCUUGAACCUUCAUGCGGUUCUUGGAAACAAGUGGUCAAUGAUUGCAAGCCAUUUACCAGGAAGAACAGAUAACGAGAUCAAGAAUUUCUGGAACACUCAUUUGAAGAAAAAGCUGAUUCAGAUGGGUUUUGAUCCCAUGACUCAUCGCCCAAGAACCGAUGAUAUCUUCUCUAGCUUAUCUCAGCUCAUGUCUCUCUCUAACCUUAGAGGACUUGUUGAUCUCCAGCAACAGGUUCCGUUUGAAGAUCAACAAGCCUUACUGAAUCUCCAAGGUGAGAUGGCUAAGCUCCAGUUGCUAAACUACUUACUUCAAGCUCCUCAUCUUGCCAUGAGUAGUAGUAACAACAAUAACCCUAAUGAGUUGAACAUUCUCAAUCUCCUCAUCAAAGAAAACUACAAUACCAACAACCUCCCAUCUCUCAAAACCCUAGAGGAAAAUCUUUUCAGUCAAAACAAUUCUCCAAUAUGGUCCCAUGAACCACCUAGCUUGAACCAAACUAUGAUGCCUUCUCAUGAUCCUUCCCCUUUGGGUGAUGAUUUGGUUCUGAACCAGGCUUCCUCAAGCCAUGAGCAAGAAGUAGCAGCUACAGGCUCUGUAGAUUGGCCUGAUCAUCUCUUUGAUGACUCCAUGUUUCCUUAGCAAUCUUGAGG